AUGAAACUCUCCAUCCUUCCAGCCCUAGCCCUCGUCGGCCUCACCACCAGCGCACCACUCACCUCCUCCUCUCUCCCAGGCCACAACCUCCCCAUCCUCAAAACAACAACCACAUCCAAGGGCCAAAUCCUCGACUGGGUGCCUCUCGACUCACAAGGCCAAAUUGCCCGUCCGCCACCACUCUCCCUCCUCAAACGCACACCCACCGCCCAAGAUGUUGCCAUUGUCAACGCCAUCAAGCCGCAAGACUCGGGUCCCGCAGGCACGGUGCCGAUCCUCCGUAGCCACGGCCCCACCAAGCCGAUGAAACGGCUUCCUCAAGCCCAGGACAACAAUUCCACCUCUUCAUCCACCUCUUCAUCAUCGUCUACAUCCACGCACGCUAAGCGCUCCUACAACGGCCAGCAUUGGUACGCCAGCACCGCCCAGAAUGUAAACAACCACGGCGGAACAGCUACCUACAGCAUUUUCAAGGCCUUUGUCGAGCGGUCCUCAGACUUUUCCCUGCUCCAAGUAGCUGUCAUUCGCAACAAUGCCGCCCACGCUGGAACCGCGCCAAAGAGCCAGACCGUAGAAUGCGGAUGGAUCAACUACCCAGACCAAGUGGGCGACCCGCACUUGUUCUCAUUCUACACGACUAAUAACUACGAGGCCUAUGGGGAUAACAUCUGCGGCUGGAAUCGAGAUGUAGCCGGGUGGGUGCAGUACGACAAGGACAUUUACCCCGGCAUUCCGUUUGCGCCGCUCUCCACGAUCGGAGGGGCCAAGUACGAGGCAGACAUAGGCUACUACUACUACGAGGGAAACUGGUGGUUGUCUACGCUGGGAAAAUUCAUCGGCUACUAUCCUGGGAGUUUGUUCUCGCAGGACGUGAACUCAGCGGACACGCUCAACGACCACUCUGAUCAGAUUAAUUUCUAUGGGGAAAUUUACAACAGCGAGGAGGACAUGACGACUACGGACAUGGGGAGCGGCGAGUUCCCCGAGGCAGGGUUCGGCAACGCGGCCUACUUGAGGAAGAUUGCCUACUAUGACACCGGGAACAACUAUCAGAACUACGAUGGGAGCCGGGGGGUCAUAGUGAGCGAUCAGAAUCGGUAUCGAUUGUCGGCCAACUGGAACUCAGGGUCGGAUUGGGGAAGUUAUUUCUACCUUGGGGGCCCGGGGGCUGGUGGUGUUAUCGGGGCUUGA